AUCCGGUCCCACAGAGGUUCCCGCUUCUGAGGAGUGGGAGGAGUAAGAAGCGGCAGGUUUAGAUUUUGGUUUUGACCCCAAGGGGUUCCCUCGGCCUAUUAGAAACCAAGAGAGGAACUGAAGGCACCGCUUCAGGCAGUGGCUGAGGGGGCCGAACCCCCCACUUGUCCUCCAGGCGGGAGGGGGCAGAGAGGGGAGAAGAAGCUAUCACGGGGCUGAGGAUCCUCUGGGGCCGGUUCCGGAGGAUGGCGGGCCGGACCCGGUCCCUAAGCAUGGGGAGCUGGAGCCGCAGAGGCUGCUCAGCUGGGCCCUGCCCGACUGUCAGCUCCUUGGUGAUAUCACUGCCCAGGCAGCUGCAAUGUCUGUAGCCCGGCCCAGCUUGAGGUCAUUGGUCAGAAGAUUACCAUGAGUUCUGCCUCUGCCUAGUUUCCUCCCCCUCUUCUCUUCCCUCUCCCGCAUACACGUCCUUCUUUUCCUACCUCCUGCUCCUCUUUGCCCUCCCCACGCUGCCCUCCUUCUUUCCCCCUAUCUUUCGAGUCUCCCUUUUGUCCUCUUCUUUUUACACUGUUUUCCAUCUAUCCUUUCCUCUCCCUCCUGUUCUUUUCCAUCCUCCUUUCAUCCCUUUCUUUCUUCCAUCCUCCUCCUUUAUUCUGUCACCCUCCAUUACAACCUCCAUUCUCCCCUCCCUCUCUAUCAAUCUGUCCUCAUUAUCGUCCUCCCCUCCGGCUCCUCUCCCGCUUUCUCCGCCCCUUAGCCCCCGCCCCCAGCUGCCUGUCCACCGUAGCUUAGUCCCGCGGUGAGAAUGUUGGGAGUCCAUACCUAAGCACCAGGAGCUGAGCACUGUCCUCUGUGCCUGCCUGCAAGUAUCCAGACAUGGCUCAGGAGAAAAUGGAGCUGGACUCUGAGCCUGGCACAUCUGAUGGGGGCAGCCUGAGGAGAUCCAACAGCGCUCCCCUGAUCCAUGGGCCUAGUGACAUUUCACAGGUUUUUCAGCCUUACACAUUUAGAACUCGGAGGAAUAGUACAACAGUUAUGAGCCGUAACAGUCUGUUGCUGUCAUCCUCACCUAAUCGGAUUUGUAGUAGCAGACUGCAUCAAAUCAAAAGGGAAGAAGGCAUGGAUAUGAUCAACAGAGAAACUGCCCAUGAAAGGGAAGUGCAAACAGCAAUGCAGAUAAGCCAAUCAUGGGACGAACGCUUGAGCCUGAGUGAUAGUGAUUUUGACAAGCCAGAGAAAUUAUAUUCUCCUAAAAGGAUUGACUUCACACCAGUUUCUCCAGCACCAUCACCCACCAGAGGAUUUGGAAAGCAAUGUUUUUCACCAUCCUUACAAAUGUUUGUGAGCAGCAGUGGGCUACCACCAAGUCCCGUUCCUAGUCCGAGACACUUUUCCAGCAGGAGUCAGAGUCCAGUCAAGUGCAUUAGGCCCAGUGCUCUUGGUCCUCUUAAGAGAAAAGGUGAAAUGGAGACCGAAAGCCAGCCCAAGAGGCUCUUCCAAGGCACUACUCAUAUGCUGUCUCCAGAGACUGCACAAUUGUCUGAUCUCAGUUCAUGGUGGUGUUGUCAAGGAGAAGAAAUUCCUGCUUUGACCAGAUGUGUGGAGCAUCUACAAAUGAAUGAAUAAUGUUAUUUACACACAAACCACUGUCUAGAAAAGCAUAUGCGAAGCUUGACAGCUUGUUUUGCAUGGUAUUAGGAGGCCUGAGGUGCCUUGAGAUGCAGUGCUGUGCUAUAAACAUGUAUAUCAUAAGGUAGAGUAGGAAAAGGGUCCUUAUGUGACUGGUUGCCACAUACGGUCUCGAUUGCUGCUUUUUUUCUGAUUGUUGUUUUGUCAUUGGAUUCAUUGGUUUUCUCAUGUGGUGAGUGAUGCUGCUGACUUUUGGUUGUCGUGUUGCCGCUGGAAUCAGAGUUCAGUUCUUGUGCAUGCUGUCUUAUAGCAAGGGCAGCUUAAUAUCUAUGAGGAAGCUUUCAGGAGCCAAAAAAGAAACCAAUGUUAUUGUGAGUUCAGCUUUUAAGAAGGUAUUUGAGCUGUGAACAUUCUACAUGAUAAUAAGUAUGAGGUACCAGAAGUUAAUAUUUAAAGAGAAAAUCCUGGGCUAAGCUAUUUAAAAAUGAGUGUAGUCUUUUGUUGUGUUAUUUAUUAUUUAAAGCUGUGUAAAAAUGUCUGUCAUGAUAGAUUUCUCUUAAUGUUCAGAUAUCGUGGGUGGAAUGUCUGUAUUCAAUAUGUAAAUUUGCCCGCUAGGAUCAUAGUAUUCCAGUUUUGAAUGUAUGUGAGAAAUGAAGACUACUGCACUUGUGUCUUUUGGAGACAAAGAUCCUUAACUCUUAAAGGAAGAUGUUGCAUUUGCCAGUACUCACAAACUAGUAAUACUGUAUGGCUUGAAGGAAAACGUAUUCUCCUUGAAUUGUAAGAGAGCAUCACUUACCUAGCCAUAAGUAGUUCUGUAAUAACAUCAAGUGUAUUGUUUAUUUUAAAUUGUAAUGACCACCAUAGUGCCCAUUAAAGUCUUAAUUUUUCAUAUUGCCUUCAGCUGUGCAAAGGCCAUAAUCCUUCAAACCUAACAUAAAUGGGUAUAUUAUGAAGAUCGUUCCCUAGUAUGCCAGUUUACUACACUUGACCUUAGUUAAAAAGCCAAGAAGUGAUCCUAGUAUGCCAUUUUAAAGGGACAUUAUUUUGAUGGUAUUUAGAGGAUUUAUUCUGUUUGUGAAAGAACCAUGUUGAGAUGUUUCUACCUAUAUCAUACAGAGAGAUGGUUUUAUAUUAUAGGAUACUUAUCCACCUUCGUUCUAUUGUCUUUUUGCCUUAAAGGGACACUUUUGGCCAUUUUUGGCUGUGAUUUAGAACUCUUAAGAAAUAACCUUUGGAAAGUGAUAUUUAUUUUUGAACUUCAGUGGUGGGGUAGAAUUAGGGCAGGAAAAUGAAAUUGUUCCAAUGAUAUGAGAACUAGCAAGCAAGAUGGUUCACUUUACUGUUUAAACCAAGGUUUGUAUUUAUUGUUUAAAUGGACUAGAAAGUUAAGUUUGUGCAGGCAUUGUUUUGAGAUAAAUGAAAGAUAGAGAUGCUGAUCUUCAGAUGAGCUUGAUUGACAGUACCCCUUUAUUUUUAUAUAAAGUUUAAUAUUUAAAAGCAAUCAUUGGUAUAAAUUAAAAUUCUCUUUCUAUUCUAUAUUAUAUCAUAUUUCAGACUGAUAUUUGAAAAUAAGUACAUGAGAUGAUAUGCUAAGAAAAUCCUAUAGAUAAUGCUCUUUUUGCUGAACUGAUUUAUAUAAACACUGUAUUUCAAGAUAACUGCUUUUGGAAUAAUAGGAAGUUUUGUGAAAUGCUGACUUUGUGUAUAUCUUACAAUACAAAUUUAAUAAAGUGUGUAUACACGCAUAAAA